AUGUCUUCGAAGAAAGUAGAAGACGUCCACACGACGUUGUUGAAGAAGUUGAUCUCGGACUCUGGGUUAGAAUGUCUGAGGGAGGCUCCUAUAUCCCUGGAGUCCUCUGAGGAAGAGGGAAUGGUCGAGGAGCAAGAAGAACAACUCCCAAAGGAAGAGUCACCAUUGGAAGAAGAAGAAGAAUCUGUAGCAGAAGAAGUAGUAGAGGAGUUGCCAGUUGUAUUCCCUACUCCCUCUCUCCGACGGGUAAUUCCUGAGCGAAUAAGAAAGAUAGAAGAGGCAGAUAGAAUUCACGUAUUGCCAACAAUGUUUAAGACGGAUAUUGACCCAGCAGCGAUUCCGAAGAUCAACUCCACAGCACCACAGAAGUACAUAGAUAUUAUUGCCAGUUUGGUCGGAUGCACGAAGUACAAGAGUAGUUACGCCGAAUAUUGGUUCCUGGAUACGUUGGCCAAUCUUCUGAGACGAGCUCAAGAAGAUGGCAUGGAUAGAACAAGUCAAGCAGUCCUGAUGCUAUGGUUCUGCGAGUGGAUGAAAGAGAUGCAGCAUUUUGAUGCGGCGUCAAGAGAACGCAUGCUUCGGCGUUGGCAGGAUAACAUGCUAGCCACAGCGCUCGUGAUAUCCGACCAGGAAUUCCUCCCAACUCCUCAGGAGUGUGAAGUAUUCUACAUGGCGAAGGAUGUUAAAGAUAAGGUCAAGGAGCCGUUACUCACCAUACCAGCUGCUGGAGAAAAGUCCAAGAUAUCCCAGAACUCAACCAUCAUAGACACCAGGCUCCAUCCGCUGCUCAUGGAUGCCAGGGAUGAGGUGGAAUAUAAUAACACUGGUUAUGAAUGCUCUCUACGGGACUUGUCCAAGAUCAUCCAUUAUAUUUAUGACCUGUUCAGCACAGAUUACCAGUACAAUCUGGUCCGUUCGAUCUUCACUUUUGGUCCGGAAAAUGUCACCAUUGAUCCGCCAUACCAAAUUCAGCUGCCCAAGCGCAUCUAUACAGUCCUGAAGCCAGGUAAAGCAAAACCGAAGUCCCCCAAGCCAAAGGACAAAGGCAAGCCGAAGGGUAAGAAAAGCGAACCGGACACUGAGGAAUACAUUCAACUUAUGGAGUUAAUAGCAAGAGAUAUGAAGCAACAAGAAGAGCAGGAAGAACGUGACAGAGAGGAGUGGAACCGAAAGAGUCACAUAUUGCCUCUUGGUUUCGCAGCUACGGAAGAGUUCUUCAACAUGUACUGGCCUCCUCCGCCUCCGGAGACUCCGCCCCCUGUCGUCGACGUCGACCCCAAGGGCAAGAAAGAUGCUAAGAAGGGGAAGAAAUAG